UCCGCCAUUUUAGGUGUGCAGACACAGAGUUGAGACCACUUCUCUCCCACAACAGACACAGAGCUUCCAAUUCCUUAGCUCUACAUGGGCUAAUGGACACCACACCCACACUCUCCCACUUUCUUCCACAUCCAUUCACUUCCCAUCGCCACAACCUCCAUUUCCUCCGCCGUCUCUCCUCGCCGGACUCCCGACCACUCUUUACUACUCUCUCCUGCUUCAAACCACGCCGUCGAACUCGCCGGAAAAACAAGCUCUCCAAGCUCCGCACCACCCACCAUCCCUUCGACUCCUCCUCCUCCUCUGAUUCGAACCUCCAAACUGUAAUUGAACUCGACCAAGUCGCCGCCGAAGCCUCUUCUCUCUUCUACUCCGUCUACUAUUCUUCCCGCUCCCACUUUCGCCAGUUUCUGUCCUCGGGAUUGGACGCUUUCGACGAUUUGCGGACAUUGGUUGCCUUCAAUGACCAGAAUCGCACACUGACCGUCUCUUGUCGCCGUUCCACUGUGGAAUUCGUCGGUCAGUUGGUGCUAUUGAGCUUCGUUGUGGCCUUUGUAGUUAAGGUUUUAAUUGGGAUUGGAUCUCAUUUACGUAACAAAUUUAGUUCUGGGUAUACGGCUCUUGUGUUGAGAAGGGACCGAAGCCUCGGUGGACGAGAGGUUGUUGUUGGGACUAGGAGGAGUGUUGUAGCGCGAGAUAAAGCUGUGGCGAAGAAGAACAAUCUUUUAGGGUUACUGGAUGGUCCUCUGCCCGUGGACUCAAGGGCUAUAACUGAUGUUUCAGAUGAAGUUUCAAAGAAUAGGGUUUGGGUUGGAGAAAGGUUGCCAAAAUGGUGGCCUCCGGCAGUUCCCAGACGGAUUGCCACGGCGAAUAGGCAGGAGUAUCAGAUAGAAGCUAACAGAUUAGUCCGAGCCCUUGUGGACAAUAGAAUGAGUGGGCGGGAUUUCAUGGAGGACGAUAUUAUUCAACUGCGUGAAAUAUGCAGGGUAUCUGGAGUAAAAGUUUCCUUCAACACAGAGAACAUGCGUGAUUCAUUCUAUCGAGCAUCCGUGGACCUUAUUUUAAAUAUCUAUAGCAGGACUCCAAUCUAUCCUAACUUAAUGCUCAUUAACGGUGAGGAUGCUCCAAAUUUUGUUGCUGGGCUUGCUGAGGACAUUGGCAUUGAGAAUGUACGUGCUGCCAGGAUAGUUUCUGCUGCUGUUGCUGCUAGAAUGCGUUCAUGCUUUUUACAGGCCUGGGCUCUAGUGAUGCAAGACAGACAUUCGGAAGCAAAUGCAGAGUUGUUGAAGAUCUGUUACAUUAUCCAGAUAUUUCCUCCUGAGGAGUCCUCGCCUGAGAUGGAGAUGUUGACUCUAGGCUUGAAGAAACACUUGAAGGUAGAACAGAGAGAAUCGUUAAUGAAUAUGUUUAUUGGUGUUUGUGGUAAAGAUAGUCAUAGCACCGCUGCAGAAGCUCUUGGUUUGGUGCUUCCUCCAAAUAUUGGGAAUUGAUAUCAUCAAAGCGUUUGGUCCUGAACAUGUCCAUAUACUCUUUAAGUAGGCUUCUAACUCCUGACAUUUUCUUCUAAGAGCCAUAUCUUACCAAUCAUAACUUAGUAGAAAUUAUUGUGAUCAAGUUUAGUAUUAUUCAUUCAUUGAUGUUUUAUUUGAUUCUUGAAUAAUAGAAUUAUGAAAUUAGAUGCUGAAAGUUUUUCCGUUAAUGUAGAUUAAUGCAUAUUUAAGUGCUCAACAAAUAUCAAUGAACGAUAUUGUACGCUGUAGAUGAUAAAAUUAGUGUUACAUUUUCGUAAUCAUAUGAAGAAUUGCAAUAAUCAUUA